UGUCAACAUGCAAGAUGGCGUCCCAUCACAGGCAAAACGCAGCUGGUCGGAGAAAAGUUCAGGUGUCGUAUGUCAUACGAGAUGAGGUCGAGAAAUACAACCGCAAUGGGGUGAAUGCACUACAGCUAGACCCCACCCUGAACCGACUUUUCACGGCAGGAAGGGACUCUAUCAUUAGGAUUUGGAGUGUCAAUCAGCACAAGGAUCCCUACAUAGCUUCAAUGGAGCACCACACAGAUUGGGUCAACGAUAUCGUUCUCUGUUGUAACGGAAAGACUUUGAUCUCAGCCUCUUCAGACACCACAGUGAAGGUGUGGAACGCACACAAAGGCUUCUGCAUGUCAACGUUACGGACCCACAAGGACUAUGUCAAAGCCUUAGCAUAUGCCAAGGAUAAGGAACUGGUGGCUUCAGCUGGGCUGGACCGGCAGAUCUUCCUGUGGGACGUCAACACCCUCACAGCGCUCACCGCCUCCAACAACACAGUCACCACCUCUUCCCUAAGUGGAAACAAAGACUCCAUCUACAGUCUUGCAAUGAAUCAGAUGGGAACGGUCAUUGUGUCUGGCUCCACAGAAAAGGUGUUAAGGGUGUGGGAUCCCCGUACCUGUGCAAAACUCAUGAAGCUGAAGGGACACACAGACAAUGUGAAGACAUUACUGCUGAACAGAGAUGGCACUCAGUGUCUUUCUGGUAGUUCGGACGGCACCAUCAGACUGUGGUCUCUGGGCCAGCAGAGAUGCAUCGCCACCUACAGGUUUCACGAUGAGGGAGUGUGGGCCUUGCAGGCCAACGAGGCCUUCACACAUGUCUAUUCUGGUGGCCGCGACCGCAAGAUCUACUGCACAGACCUGCGCAACCCUGACCUCCGAGUGCUCAUCUGUGAGGAGAAGGCCUCUGUGUUGAGGAUGGAGCUGGACAGGUCAGCUGACCCUCCUCCUGCCCUCUGGGUCUGCACCACCAAGUCCUCAGUCAACAAAUGGUCACUGAAGGGAAUGCACAACUUCCGCGUAUCUGGUGACUAUGACAACGACUGCAGUGCCCCCCUGACCCCACUAUGCGUGCAGUCUGAGCAGGUCAUCAAAGGUGGUGCCAGCAUUGUUCAGUGUCACAUACUGAAUGACAAGAGGCACAUCCUCACCAAAGACACCAAUAACAAUGUGGCAUACUGGGACGUCCUCAAGGCUUGUAAAGGGGAAGACCUUGGUAAAGUGGAGUUUGAUGAAGAGGUUAAAAAACGAUUUAAGAUGGUUUAUGUCCCAAACUGGUUCUCAGUUGAUCUCAAGACCGGGAUGCUGACCAUAACACUGGAUGAGAGUGACUGCUUUGCUGCCUGGGUCUCUGCCAAGGACGCAGGCUUCUCCAGCUCGGACGGCUCUGACCCAAAAUUGAACCUGGGCGGACUGCUGCUGCAGGCCCUGCUGGAGUUCUGGCCCAGGACCCACAUCAGCUCCAUGGAUGAAGAGGACAAUGACGUGAACCAUGUGAAUGGGGAGCCGGAGAGUCGCAUGCAGAAAGGCAACGGCUACUUCCAGGUUCCUCCCCACACACCGGUCAUCUUCGGAGAGGCAGGGGGGAGGACUCUGUUCAGGUUAUUGUGUCGAGACUCAGGGGGAGAGACUGAGUCUAUGCUGCUCAACGAGACGGUCCCUCAGUGGGUGAUUGACAUCACUGUAGAUAAAAACAUGCCAAAAUUCAACAAAAUCCCCUUCUACCUCCAGCCACAUUCAUCCUCAGGCGCAAAAACACUGAAGAAGGACCGUCUGUCGGCCAGCGACAUGCUGCAGGUGAGGAAGGUGAUGGAGCACGUCUACGAGAAGAUCAUCAACCUGGACACGGAGUCCCAGACCACCAGCUCCUCCACCAAUGACAAGGCGGGAGAGCAGGAGAAGGAGGAGGACGUGGCCAUGCUGGCCGAGGAGAAGAUCGAGCUCAUGUGCCAGGACCAGGUGCUGGAUCCCAGUAUGGACCUGCGAACAGUUAAGCAUUUCAUCUGGAAGAGUGGUGGUGACCUGACUCUUCACUACAAACAGAAGCCCACGUGAGGGGCCCCGGGCCCCAGAGGCCUCAGAGGACAUUGAAGGGACCUGCAUGGCUUUCCACCUGACACACACACACACACACACACACACCAACACACACACACACACACACACACAUACAUAUGAGGGCCCUGGGGUUGCAAGAUGUAAGAGACCAAUACUUGCCGCCUCCUGACACACACACAACCCCUCUAUGCUUUGCCUUCAUCCAUGCACUGGCCAAUGGGAACGCUUCCUAGAGAGCUUCCUCAGUGAUGGAGAAGCUUCUGGAAAGGUGGACUCCUACCUGUUGGCAAGGAGACAUUCACUGUGGGGGAACUGAGCCAUCGCCAUGUUCAGCAGAGAGAAUUCUCAGACUGAAAUACAAACAUCUUUUAACCUCUUGAUUUGAUCAAUUUUUAACCCAACCCCCCUUUUUUUUGCCCUCCCUGUGUUGAUAUUGUAAGUAUUUUCAGUUGGAUAGCAUUGUUGGUUAUUUGCAGGACCAUUGCUCACUCCAUGUCGUGGACCACUGUGUGCAUGGAGGGGUCUACAUUUCCACCACAUUCCUGGGCCUGGCCCUUGUUUGACCAGAUCAGGCCACUGUGGCUUCAUUUUAGACCAGUGUAUAGUUUGAUGGUCAUUGUUAUGUGGGGCUCUUGGCCUUCUUUCCAUUAUCAGUGGGCAUGGAAGACAUUCACAAAUCUUUUUUCUGAUCUCUCUCUUUUUUUUUGUAUGAUUGUGUACAGCAUACCUUUUCUUUUUUUCUUAUGAACAUUCUCUAAGUUAUUCAUUUGUUUUCUGGAAUUUAUUACUUUUAUUACUACAGUAUAGUAUAAGGAAUGGACGUAAAACCUACCAAAAGACAAAUGAAGGUAGGAAGAAGGCACUGACUAACAGGCACUACAUCACACACAUACUGUACACACACACACACACACACACACACAGAAAGUAUUUAGCAUUAGUGCACUCGAAACACUCCAGUUGGAUGACGGGAAUGUUGUAGACCAGUUAAUCAGUAAUCAUGAUCGGUUGAUUGAUCGGUGCCUACAGAAUGACAUUACUGUAUAUUUGUAAAUCAAAGUCAGUUUAAGUGGAAGACAAGGUCUUAAAAGGACUAUGUUGAGCCAGUUCCUGAGAGGGACUAUAUGAUGAGCAUUAAAUUUGUAAUAAAUAAAGGAGUCUUUUAAAUGAA